AUGCCAAGCGAGACUCAAGCAGUAACCACAACCACUACCACAGUAUCACCGCCGGGCACACGGACGGGUCCUGCUGCACCUGUGCCAGCACCACUUCCUGCCCGUCGAGAUGGUCCUGGUCUUCCUGCCCCUCCAGUCGACCCUUCAGGAGUCUUCCAGUAUGGCUUUCCCGGGCCCGUCAAUGAUCUGCGCUCAGCAGCCUCACUCACAUCCGCUUUCGACCGAGCGAAACGCAACCCUCAUUGGGUCGCGGAGCACAUCACGCCUUCAUCGCUACUCAUGCAGAACGGCGACCGAAGACACUCCAUCUUCGAAGAGGAUAUGAGCAUACCCGAGAAGUUCCGUGCGAAGCUGAAAGACUACUUCCGUAGCGGCUAUGACCGAGGGCACCAGGUGCCGGCCGCAGACGCCAAAUGGAGUCAGCAGGCUAUGGACAGCACGUUUGCGCUGUCCAACAUGUGUCCACAAGUUGGCGAUGGCUUCAACAGGGACUACUGGGCGCACUUUGAGGACUUCUGCCGAAGACUGACGUCCUUCUACCCAUCCGUGCGGAUAGUGACUGGGCCGCUCUACCUACCGAAACGUGAUCCAGACGGCAAAUGGAGGGUGAGCUACGAGGUUAUUGGGCAUCCGCCGAAUGUCGCGGUGCCGACGCACUUCUACAAGGUCAUCUUCGCCGAAGACGGGAGGACAGGUGGCAACGUCUCGCUCGCUGCGUUUGUGCUGCCGAACGCCGUCAUUCAUAACGACAAGCCGCUGCAAGAGUUUGAAGUUCCGGUUGAGGCUGUGGAAAGAGCGUCAGGUCUGGAAUUUGCGAGCUUGCUUCCACCGGCUCGGAGGAGGAAGCUUUGUCAGGAAGUGAGCUGCAGUAUUAUCGUGAAGGAGUAUGCAGAGAGGCAGCGGACAAUAAUGACGCCGCCACCGCAAAAAGGUAGUCCGCCAGCUACAACUCUAACCCAGCGGUAG